GCGAUCUGCGCGACGACAAAGACGAGAUGUUGUUAGCAGGGAGAUCCCAUUACAGAGCACGCAUGUUGUAAUAUGGUCGAAACAAAAGCGUAAGAAGCGGUAGGCCUUCCACCAAAAUUGGAGCCUAAAAUUGAGUCUGGUUAUUCGCAGUAACUUUUAGUGGAUUUAUAGGCAACUCGCGUGGGAAAUGGAGAAGAAAAGGUGGGAUUGCACUGCUCUCCCCAAGGGCUGGAAAAUGGAAGAAGUGACCAGAAAGUCGGGUUUGUCAGCUGGAAAAAGCGAUGUCUAUUAUUUUAGUCCAUCAGGGAAGAAGUUUCGGAGCAAGCCUCAGCUGGCCCGUUACCUUGGCAACCAGAUGGACCUCAGCUCCUUCGAUUUCCGCACGGGCAAGAUGCUGAUGAGCAAGCUGAACAAGAACCGCCAGAGACUGCGCUACGAUAACAACAACCAGAACAAGGGCAAACCGGACUUGAACACGUCACUCCCAGUCAGACAGACGGCCUCCAUCUUUAAGCAGCCUGUUACCAAGGUUACCAACCAUCCAAACAACAAAGUGAAGACGGAUCCUCAGAAAGCCGUCGACCAGCCCCGACAGCUGUUUUGGGAGAAGAAACUCGGAGGUCUUAAUGCUUUCGACAUCGCAGAGGAGCUGGUGAAAACAAUGGAACUGCCUAAAGGCCUGCAAGGUGUUGGUCCAGGCUGCACAGACAAGACUCUCCUUUCGGCUAUCGCUAGCGCUCUGCACACCAGCGCUGCUCCCAUCACUGGUCAGCUGUCCGCGGCUGUGGAGAAGAACCCAGGAGUCUGGCUCAACACCACACAGCCGCUGUGCAAGGCCUUCAUUGUCACCGAUGAGGACAUCAGGAAACAGGAGGAGCUGGUGUACAGUGUGAGGAAAAGGCUGGAGGAGGCACUGAUGGCUGAUAUGUUGGCCCAUGUCGAGGAGGCUGCCAAUGAGUCGGAGGAUAUGAAGGAGGAAGGCAACGGCAGUGAAGACAUGGAGAGUGUAUAGCACAGGGAUUUGUUCAACGCCUGCACACACACACACACACACACCAUGAACAGUAGGAGCCAUGCAGCAGUCCUGUCCUGAUGAACUGUCCCUGAGUAUCUGCGUCCAACUUGAACCGUAACCCGACUUACACCAGUGCAGUACAACCUAAAGAACUGUCUUCCCCCCCCCUGAGCCAAAAACACUUUCCUCAUUACCUCCACUUGGAUGGGACUCCUCGACUUCAACGGCAAUUAAAUUAGAUCGACGUAUUUCUGAGCUCGGUUGAUUUUUUGACUCUUGACGUUUUAAAAAAAAAUUCCCUUGAACUUUCAAAUAUUAAAAAUAACUUAUCUACAGUGUGUCAAAUUCAGUGUUUGAUGAGAAGUGUAUUUUUUACUGAAAGGCUUUGAAUGGGUUUGUAUUUUUCUUUGUGACAAUCGUCAAAUCCAAACAUUUUCUGUCAGCACAAAGUUGAUCCGGGUGCUUUUUUGUUUGUUUGUUUGGCAGAUUGGAAAUGAAUGUUUUGUAUUUUUGGCAUGUCUCUUUCUUGAGUUUGUAUGAUGCUCUCCUGCGAGUUGUCUGACACACAGAAACACCGUCUUUCCUCGUGGAACCAGGUGAGAUGUAACUAUACUGAGCUAUAAGCCUGCGUCGGUGCCGACCUGCUGAUGAUACUGAAGCAGGUGGUGUUGUUUGAAUCCCGUGUACAUCCAUUGGAGGGGGACGGAGUCCAAGUUGUAUUGUAAUUUCAAGGAAAUACUUUACUCCAUGACCGCUGCGUCAUGGAGUAAAGGUUAGAAUUGACCAAAGAGGAGACAUGUCAUUUUAAGAGGGGUUGUUUGUGUAACGGGAGACUGCUUGCUAUUUUACAGAAAGCGAUUCUAUUGGCUCUGCUGUUGUACAACUAACACAAGGAAAGUAUAAAGUUAACAUGACGGGGCUGAGCACAAUGGGAAAGAAAUGACUUAAAGCCCCUUUCUAUUGUAGAAUUGUAACUGUUUUUAACUCAUCUUUAUAGGUGCUUACUGAUGUUGUGAAACACGGCUGUUAACGCUUUGUUUGUGUCGCUCCAUGUUUGUUUGUUUGUUUGUUUUCUUUUGAAUGUGUCAAUGUUACCGCCAUAGAACUAGAAUAUGUUUCUAUGACUACCACACACAUGCUGCCUCCUCAUAAACCCACGCACAAAAUUGGUGACACAGCAAAUUACAAUUUAAGAUUAAGUUAAGUCAUUUAUCAUCUGAGGAAUAAUAAUUUUGUAUUUUGUAUCCCUGUCUGUCGAGGUUUGAUUGUGAAUAAUGUAUCAAGCUGAAAUCAUAAAAUCCCUUCUCAAGAUCAGCAGGCUGAUUGCUGAAAUGAAUUUGAUUGUAUGACUUAUUAAAAAUUAGUCUGUCAUUAA